AUGACAGACAAAGGUAAAGAGGUAAAGAUUGUUGAUGGGGUUGAGAUCAUGCCCCCUGAGGAGUAUAAUAGAAGAGUAGAGAAACUGUCGGAAGGAGUAGCUGAAAACAAAGAACGCAUUGCUAGGAUGAUGGCUAUUGCGGACACUAUCCUUACAAAUUUGCGAUCCAUGUUUGUAACUCCCCCCAAACUUCUUGCUUCUAUUAAAGAAAUUGAGAAAGCUAUGAAAGAGCUUCUGAAACUUGAGAAUUCUGCAGCUGUUAAAGGUGAAGGUGAUGUAGCACUUGAGAAUUUGAGUGAAGAACUUGAGAAUUUGAGUAAAGAAUUUGUGAAAUCUGUUAAAGAAUUUAAGGAUAAACUAGAUGCAGCAGAAGCUAAGAAUGUGAAGGAGUUUAAAGAAUUUAAGAAUAAACUAGAUGCUGCAAAAGCUAAGAUUGUGAAGGAUUUUAAAGAACGUAAGAAUAAAAUAGAUGCAGCAGAAGCCAAGAAUGUGAAGGAUUUUAAAGAAUUUAAGAAUAAAAUAGAUGCUGCAGCUAAGAAUGUGAAGGCUGUUAAGGAUGAAGGAGGAGAUGUGGCCGCUAAAGAGGUUGAAAUUGCAACUGAGGUGGAAGGAGGGGAUUCUGCAGAAGGAGAUGUGGUCGCUGAGGUUGACAGUGCAGCUCAAGUGGAAGGAGGGAAUGCUACAGAAGGAGAUGUGGCCGCUGAAGAGGUUGAAAGUGCAGCUCAAGUGGAAGGAGGGAAAGCUACAGAAGGAGAUGUGGCCGCUGAGGAGGUUGAAAGUGCAGCUCAAGUGGAAGGAGGGAAAGCUACAGAUGGAGAUGUGACUGCUGAGGAGGUUGAAAGUGCAGCUCAAGUGGAAGGAUGGAAUGCUACAGAAGGAGAUGUGGCCGCUGAGAAGGUUGAAAGUGCAGCUCAAGUGGAAGGAGGGAAAGCUACAAAAGAAGAUGUGGCUGCGGAGGAGGUUGAAAGUGCCGCUCAAGUGGAAGGAGGGAAUGCUACAGAAGGAGAUGUGGCUGCUGAGGAGGUUGAAAGUGCAGCUCAAGUGGAAGGAGGGAAUGCUACAGAAGGAGAUGUGGCUGCUGAGGAGGCUGAAAGUGCAGCUCAAGUGGAAGGAGAAAAUGCUACACAAGGAGAUGUGGCUGCCGAGGAGGUUGAAAGUGCAGCUCAAGUGGAAGGAGGGAAUGCUACAGAAGGAGAUGUGGCCGCUGAGGAGGUUGAAAGUGCAGCUCAAGUGGAAGGAGGGAAUGCUACAGAAGGAGAUGUGGCCGCUGAGGAGGUUGAAAGUGCAGCUCAAGUGGAAGGAGGGAAUGCUACAGAAGGAGAUGUGUCCGCUGAGGAGGUUGAAAGCGCAGCUCAAGUAGAAGGAGGGAAUGCUACAGAAGGAGAUGUGUCCGCUGAGGAGGUUGAAAGCGCAGCUCAAGUAGAAGGAGGGAAUGCUACAGAAGGAGAUGUGUCCGCUGAGGAGGUUGAAAGCGCAGCUCAAGUAGAAGGAGGGAAUGCUACAGAAGGAGAUGUGUCCGCUGAGGAGGUUGAAAGCGCAGCUCAAGUAGAAGGAGGGAAUGCUACAGAAGGAGAUGUGUCCGCUGAGGAGGUUGAAAGCGCAGCUCAAGUAGAAGGAGGGAAUGCUACAGAAGGAGAUGUGUCCGCUGAGGAGGUUGAAAGCGCAGCUCAAGUAGAAGGAGGGAAUGCUACAGAAGGAGAUGUGUCCGCUGAGGAGGUUGAAAGCGCAGCUCAAGUAGAAGGAGGGAAUGCUACAGAAGGAGAUGUGUCCGCUGAGGAGGUUGAAAGCGCAGCUCAAGUAGAAGGAGGGAAUGCUACAGAAGGAGAUGUGUCCGCUGAGGAGGUUGAAAGCGCAGCUCAAGUAGAAGGAGGGAAUGCUACAGAAGGAGAUGUGUCCGCUGAGGAGGUUGAAAGCGCAGCUCAAGUAGAAGGAGGGAAUGCUACAGAAGGAGAUGUGUCCGCUGAGGAGGUUGAAAGCGCAGCUCAAGUAGAAGGAGGGAAUGCUACAGAAGGAGAUGUGUCCGCUGAGGAGGUUGAAAGCGCAGCUCAAGUAGAAGGAGGGAAUGCUACAGAAGGAGAUGUGUCCGCUGAGGAGGUUGAAAGCGCAGCUCAAGUAGAAGGAGGGAAUGCUACAGAAGGAGAUGUGUCCGCUGAGGAGGUUGAAAGCGCAGCUCAAGUAGAAGGAGGGAAUGCUACAGAAGGAGAUGUGUCCGCUGAGGAGGUUGAAAGCGCAGCUCAAGUAGAAGGAGGGAAUGCUACAGAAGGAGAUGUGUCCGCUGAGGAGGUUGAAAGCGCAGCUCAAGUAGAAGGAGGGAAUGCUACAGAAGGAGAUGUGUCCGCUGAGGAGGUUGAAAGCGCAGCUCAAGUAGAAGGAGGGAAUGCUACAGAAGGAGAUGUGUCCGCUGAGGAGGUUGAAAGCGCAGCUCAAGUAGAAGGAGGGAAUGCUACAGAAGGAGAUGUGUCCGCUGAGGAGGUUGAAAGCGCAGCUCAAGUAGAAGGAGGGAAUGCUACAGAAGGAGAUGUGUCCGCUGAGGAGGUUGAAAGCGCAGCUCAAGUAGAAGGAGGGAAUGCUACAGAAGGAGAUGUGUCCGCUGAGGAGGUUGAAAGCGCAGCUCAAGUAGAAGGAGGGAAUGCUACAGAAGGAGAUGUGUCCGCUGAGGAGGUUGAAAGCGCAGCUCAAGUAGAAGGAGGGAAUGCUACAGAAGGAGAUGUGUCCGCUGAGGAGGUUGAAAGCGCAGCUCAAGUAGAAGGAGGGAAUGCUACAGAAGGAGAUGUGUCCGCUGAGGAGGUUGAAAGCGCAGCUCAAGUAGAAGGAGGGAAUGCUACAGAAGGAGAUGUGUCCGCUGAGGAGGUUGAAAGCGCAGCUCAAGUAGAAGGAGGGAAUGCUACAGAAGGAGAUGUGUCCGCUGAGGAGGUUGAAAGCGCAGCUCAAGUAGAAGGAGGGAAUGCUACAGAAGGAGAUGUGUCCGCUGAGGAGGUUGAAAGCGCAGCUCAAGUAGAAGGAGGGAAUGCUACAGAAGGAGAUGUGUCCGCUGAGGAGGUUGAAAGCGCAGCUCAAGUAGAAGGAGGGAAUGCUACAGAAGGAGAUGUGUCCGCUGAGGAGGUUGAAAGCGCAGCUCAAGUAGAAGGAGGGAAUGCUACAGAAGGAGAUGUGUCCGCUGAGGAGGUUGAAAGCGCAGCUCAAGUAGAAGGAGGGAAUGCUACAGAAGGAGAUGUGUCCGCUGAGGAGGUUGAAAGCGCAGCUCAAGUAGAAGGAGGGAAUGCUACAGAAGGAGAUGUGUCCGCUGAGGAGGUUGAAAGCGCAGCUCAAGUAGAAGGAGGGAAUGCUACAGAAGGAGAUGUGUCCGCUGAGGAGGUUGAAAGCGCAGCUCAAGUAGAAGGAGGGAAUGCUACAGAAGGAGAUGUGUCCGCUGAGGAGGUUGAAAGCGCAGCUCAAGUAGAAGGAGGGAAUGCUACAGAAGGAGAUGUGUCCGCUGAGGAGGUUGAAAGCGCAGCUCAAGUAGAAGGAGGGAAUGCUACAGAAGGAGAUGUGUCCGCUGAGGAGGUUGAAAGCGCAGCUCAAGUAGAAGGAGGGAAUGCUACAGAAGGAGAUGUGUCCGCUGAGGAGGUUGAAAGCGCAGCUCAAGUAGAAGGAGGGAAUGCUACAGAAGGAGAUGUGUCCGCUGAGGAGGUUGAAAGCGCAGCUCAAGUAGAAGGAGGGAAUGCUACAGAAGGAGAUGUGUCCGCUGAGGAGGUUGAAAGCGCAGCUCAAGUAGAAGGAGGGAAUGCUACAGAAGGAGAUGUGUCCGCUGAGGAGGUUGAAAGCGCAGCUCAAGUAGAAGGAGGGAAUGCUACAGAAGGAGAUGUGUCCGCUGAGGAGGUUGAAAGCGCAGCUCAAGUAGAAGGAGGGAAUGCUACAGAAGGAGAUGUGUCCGCUGAGGAGGUUGAAAGCGCAGCUCAAGUAGAAGGAGGGAAUGCUACAGAAGGAGAUGUGUCCGCUGAGGAGGUUGAAAGCGCAGCUCAAGUAGAAGGAGGGAAUGCUACAGAAGGAGAUGUGUCCGCUGAGGAGGUUGAAAGCGCAGCUCAAGUAGAAGGAGGGAAUGCUACAGAAGGAGAUGUGUCCGCUGAGGAGGUUGAAAGCGCAGCUCAAGUAGAAGGAGGGAAUGCUACAGAAGGAGAUGUGUCCGCUGAGGAGGUUGAAAGCGCAGCUCAAGUAGAAGGAGGGAAUGCUACAGAAGGAGAUGUGUCCGCUGAGGAGGUUGAAAGCGCAGCUCAAGUGGAAGGAGGGAAUGCUACAGAAGGAGAUGUGGCCGCUGAGGAGGUUGAAAGUGCAGCUCAAGUGGAAGGAGGGAAUGCUACAGAAGGAGAUGUGGCUGCUGAGGAGGUUGAAAGUGCAGCUCAAGUGGAAGGAGGGAAUGCUACAGAAGGAGAUGUGGCUGCUGAGGAGGUUGAAAGCGCAGCUCAAGUGGAAGGAGGGAAUGCUACAGAAGGAGAUGUGGCGCUGAGGAGGUUGAAAGUGCAGCUGAGGAGGAACAAGGGGAUGCUGCUUGUUGGAGAUUAUAUGGAUCCAUUCUCGACCUCUUCUCGGGCUGCCGUUGAGGCAACAUGGUUGAGACGGCAAUUAAGUGGCACAGCUCCUGUAUACCCAGACCUCUAA